AUGCAGACAAUAACACAGCGUCAUCACUGUCGCUCUGCAUUCUCCCUUGGCUCGGUACUUAAGUUGAAACUUGUAUAUCUCCCAGCAAUUACAUCAAUAGAAAAGCCACCACGCAAAUGGCUAUGGGAAAAUGGCAUUUGAUAAGCAAAUAGAAAUAAAUGGAAACCCCUUCGCUGUGCUGUUCUAAAUUGAAACAGAAAGUGAAAUCUAGCCUCACAACGUGACUACGCAGUUUGGCUGAAGGGAAUUUGUGCUGCAAUGUUUUUCUCAACCAACCAACAUCAAUUACUAAGAAAAUGAAGCUUCAUGACGGAAGAGUCGAAAAUAUGCAAUUUUCAAUGACAAGCGGCUAACCAACUGGUAGGAUGCAGUCGAAACAAAAAUAUUCCACAUUCCGUCGCCAUGUUCGAUGUCCAUUCUCCACCCGAAGAGGGAAAAAGAAAAGAAAAAAGAAGGUAAUCUAAACAUUCAAGACUCUUCGAUGACCUUCACAUCGCAUUAACGUUCUCAGCAUCAAAAAAGAAAUAUUGGAUUUAAUAAGCUGCCGCGAAAAGUAAAACUACUACCUUAUUCCAUUGAUGAAGGUUGUUUCUAUCACGCACGUGGACUCGAUACGCCCACCAUGGCCAAUAGGGCUAUGAAUAAAAAUAAUUUCAAACCGAAUAUUUAAACCGUGAAGUGGAUGACUGGAACCCGAGGCUCUUUUUUUCGAUUACAAAAAAACCGGAUUCUCUUCCUAAGGUCAGCAAUGAAGCAAGAUACUCGUUAUAAUGCGAUUCUUAGCGUUUUUAGGGGCUUCUUCGUGAAAACCGGACUGUUGAAGGUUGGGUGUGCCCGAAUGACUCUCCUCUUUUGUCCAUGAGAUGAUAUCCCUGAUGCAAAAAAAAAAACUCGGAUUGAAGAUUAAUCGCAGCAGUCCUUUAAGCAAAAAAGGGGGAAAAGAAUCGCUUGAGUUUUCCUCUUCAGACAACGUGCCUGCUAGUAUGAACUUGACGCCGUACAAGUUGGUUGUGUAACGUUCAUCGGCUGUUUUGUUGGGCGCCUUUGACAUUUAUUUUUGCACAUUUCUCUAAGGAUUUUUGUGACUUUCUGAGAAGAACAGCACACCAACUAAGGAUUAAAUUAGAGAGUUCUCUGUCUUAGUGCGUUGACGGGAAAGUGAAGAUGACUGAAACGGAUUACAAUGACCUACUGGUGAUGUCGGAUCAUCCUAAUCCAAAGCAACAAAAGAUAAUUAAACAAGUAAUCGACUGGUUUUACGGUCAUGAUGCACAGGGAAAACCCAAUAGGGAUUGGAGUAAACGUCUCGUACGACCAAGAGCACGGCUGGAGCCUUUAGCAACCACAACAGAAUAUGCCACGCAGUACGAUACAAGCAUUCCGUUAUUACCAUCAUCCGCCAGGAUUCCCUACCCUUUCAUAAUACUGGGGGGCGUUCUAAUCCUCGGCGUAUUAUACCUUCUACUUUUUCUCAUCAUUGAUCGUUUACGGUGUUGCCGCAAGGAGGCAGCUGGCCGGAAGAAUACAACUACAGAGCGACUGGCAAGGAGGCAAACUCAGGAUGGGUUGUAUUCCGUCGAAGAUGACUCACUGGGUUCCGGUAACGUCCGUCCUUCUUCCAAGGUUUCCGAGUUGCAUGAUGCACCACCUCCGUCGUACGAAGAUGCCAUUCUUGCGAGCCAACAACAAACAACCCCAGCCAAAUGAACUAACCAUCGUGCAUAGAGACCAAUAGUGGAAUGUUGAAUAUACCUAUUUCUUAAAAUUGAAA